AUGGCAGCUGCGGCGUCGGCGGCAGAGGUGCCCAUGGUGCAGCACUCGACGCCAGCCAGGAGGGACCCAGCGCUGCCCGCGAGCCAGUGGAUUAACACGGCCUCAGCAUCGCCGUAUGUGGCCCCCACAACGAAUUCGGCCCCUGCCCAAGCGGAUUGGGGCGACGUCCCCUGGGAGCAGCCCCUCGAGGCGGCCCUUGCUCGGGUCCAGGCGGCGGCGGAGAAUGUUCACUUCCCACACGUGCGCCAGAGGCCGGUCGACGCCAGCCAACGGCGCUCCUCGGUGCCAACGGCGGCCAUGAGAGCCGAGAGGCGACGCAGAGAGGCGUCAGCCCACGACCACCGCCAGUAUGAAGACUACGACCCCCACGCUGGGGCGGCACCACCCCAUGGACGGCGGAGAUCGGGCACAUCUCGCCGACGUACUUCGAGUACAAGCACCGCAAACGGGAACGCCAAAUGGUCAAAGACAUUCAAAGACUCAGCAACGGGCAUGUAUCACUGCCCGAUGUGUCCUGCCCGUUUUGACAAGGCCAACAGUCUCAAGUAUCACUAUGACGACAAACAUGCGGGCGACGUUGGGGAGCUCAGGGAGCAAGUGGCACAGCAGGGGCACGAGAUCUCGUCGUUGCGUCGUCGGGUGGACCGAUUGGAAAAAUCGACCCAUCUCGUGAUUGAAAACGGAAGCCGUCUGGAGGAGCUUUUCAGCAAGGCGGAGGCAUCCCGGGAGUUUAAAAACUUAGCCAGUGACGCCGCGGCGUCGAUCUUACGUGAGCUUAGUGUUCUGACUCGACUGCCCAUGCCUCUCCGGGAAGUGCCACCUGAAUCAUGGCACGCCUCGAACAAUGAACAUGCUGACAUAUGCAUCGAUGCUACUGUGUCUUGGUGGGGGUGGGCCCCCGCCCUUUUGAGUGCCACCCGCUUCGUAGCGCCCAACAAGACCAGAUCCCGGAAAGACGAGACUACAGGAGAGUGGCGUCGGGCGCCGGGGCAUUUUGUUCUAAGACUGGAAUUCGGGGAGGCCUCACUUCCGGUGCAACAGGGAUUGCAGGGAGCGCUGGGGCAGUGGAUCGGGAAGGCGGUGAAAGCCGUUCGUGAGACAGGUGAGGCCUCGUUUAACCUGUACUUGGACAAGACGCCGGAGGAGCUGGAACGUAAGCGUAAGCGGGCAGGAUUGGAUAUGGGAACGUCGUCCACGG